CCCAAGCACCAUCUCUUCUGAGGGCAGUAGGGGCCGAGUUCAUUUGCAGAGUCUCUGGGUGGAAGGAGGGCUGACCGGUGUAUCUUCAUCGCCCCGGGGAAAGGCGCCGGCAAAGUGAACGCGAUGGCCUGGUGGAAAGCCUGGAUUGAACAGGAGGGUGUCUCGGUGAAGGGCAGCCCCCACUUCAACCCAAACCCCGACGCAGAGACCCUCUACAAAGCUAUGAAGGGGAUCGGCACCAACGAGCAGGCCAUCAUCGACGUGCUCACGAAGAGAAGCAACGCGCAGCGGCAGGAGAUCGCCAAGUCCUUCAAGGCUCAGUUUGGCAAGGACCUCACCGAGACCCUGAAGUCGGAGCUCAGCGGCAAGUUCGAGAGGCUCAUCAUAGCCCUCAUGUACCCUCCAUACAGCUACGAAGCCAAGGAGCUGUACGACGCCAUGAAGGGCUUAGGAACCAAAGAGGGCGUCAUCAUCGAAAUCCUGGCCUCUCGGACCAAGAACCAGCUGCGGGAGAUAAUGAAGGCGUAUGAGGAAGACUAUGGGUCCAGCCUGGAGGAAGACAUCCAAGCAGACACCAGUGGCUACCUGGAGAGGAUCCUGGUGUGCCUCCUGCAGGGCAGCAGGGAUGACUUGAGCGGCUUCGUGGACCCAGGACUGGCCCUCCAAGACGCACAGGAUCUGUACGCAGCCGGGGAGAAGAUUUGCGGGACUGAUGAGAUGAAAUUCAUCACCAUCCUGUGCACACGCAGUGCCACACACCUGAUGAGAGUGUUUGAGGAGUAUGAGAAAAUCGCCAACAAGAGCAUUGAGGACAGCAUCAAGAGUGAGACCCACGGCUCGCUGGAGGAGGCCAUGCUCACAGUGGUUAAAUGCACCCGGAACCUCCACAGUUACUUUGCGGAGCGACUUUACUACGCCCUGAAGGGAGCAGGGACUCGGGAUGGGACCCUGAUAAGAAACAUCGUUUCAAGGAGUGAGAUUGACUUAAAUCUCAUCAAGCAUCAGUUCAACAAGAUGUACGGCAAGACCCUCAGCAGCAUGAUCAUGGAAGACACCAGUGGCGACUACAAGAACGCCCUGCUGAACCUGGUGGGCAACGACCUCUGAAGGCUCAGAAGGACAAGCACAAAGGCCAAGAAGGCAGAGGCACUGGAUCCUGCUUGCUGAACCUUGGCCGUGGAUCGGGG